GUAGUUCAUCGUGUGCAUGGAUGAUCGUGUGCGUUUCGUGUGCAUGCUCGAGCAUUGGCGUCGUUCGUAUCUCGGAUGAAAACCCGCAGACAGGAGUUGACAGCUUGCGUAUUGCAAAGCUAAGAACGUGCGGCUCGGUGCUGGACCGAAACAUGACGGACAUUUCGACGCCCCGAGCCACAGCGCUCUUCGAUCGCAGCAUUUACUAGCUGUAGACGGGCGCACAGAAGUGGCCACGCGUCUGAGCCCGUCGUGAGAGCCGAAAGCAUCAAUCAUGAAGAGCCGCUUCAGCACCGUCGACAUCCUCGCGAUGGUCGCCGAGCUGCAGAAGAGCGUCGUCGGCAUGCGCGUCGUGCAGGUGUACGACGUGGACACCAAAACGUACUUGUUCAAGCUGAGCCGGCAGGAGGAGAAGGCCGUCCUGCUCAUCGAGUCCGGCGUGCGGCUGCACACCACCGAGUUCGCGUGGCCCAAGAACCAGAGCCCGUCGGGCUUCGCCAUGAAGCUGAGGAAGCACCUGAAGAACAAGCGCAUCGAGCGGCUGGCGCAGCUGGGCGCCGACCGCGUCGUCGACCUGCAGUUCGGCACGGGCGAAGCGGCCUACCACGUCAUCCUCGAGCUGUACGACCGGGGCAACGUGGUGCUCACCGACGGCGACUACCUCAUCCUCAACAUCCUGAGGCCCCGAGCGAUGGGCAAGGACGAAGAUGUGAAGCUCGUGGUUCGCGAGAAGUACCCCGUGCAGAGUGCGCUCGCCGAGCCGCCGUCGCUCGACGCCCAGCAGCUGUCCGAGGUGCUGGCGCAGGCGGCACAGGGCGACACGCUCCGCAAACUCCUCACGCCAAGGACUCUGUAUGGUCCAGCCCUUCUUGAGCAUGUGUUAUUGGGCCAUGGUCUCUCAGCCGGAGCCAAGAUCAGCACACUUCCAGCUGAAGGACUUACCGAAAAAGUCUUGGAAUGCUUGCACGAUGCAGACACCAUCAUGGCUCGUGCCAAGACUGAGUCGUGUCAAGGUUACAUCGUCCAGCGGAUCGAGAAACGCAUUCAGCCAGCCGAAGAUGGAAGCACCGAAAUCGCAACUUACCAGGAGUUCCACCCGUUCCUCUGGCACCAGCACAGCUCUGGAACGGGUGCCAUUUCUACGAUUGAGCUUCCAUCAUUCAGUGCCGCGGUCGAUCAGUUCUUCUCGAGUGUUGAAAUGCAGAAGAUCACCCUACGUGCCCACCAACGUGAGAAAGAGGCACUCAAGAAAUUGGAGAACAUCCGCACAGACCACGAGAAAAGAAUUCAGGCUCUUCAAGAGGUGCAACAAGCAGACGUUCGGAAAGCCGAGCUGAUUGAAAUGAAUCUUGAUUUAGUGGAACGUGCCCUGUGUGUUGUCCGCAGCGCUCUUGCCAACCAGAUUGGCUGGGCUGAGAUUACAGAGCUGCUCAAAGAAGCCCAAGAGCAAGGUGACCCCAUGGCUCGUUCCAUCCGCAAGCUCAAGCUCGAGACAAAUCAUUUUGAGAUGCUCCUGAAAGACCCAUAUGACGAAGGAGAGGAAGCCCUUGUCGACAUUGACAUAGACCUCUCUGCAUAUGCUAACGCGCGCAAGUACUAUGACCAGAAAAAGCAUGCAGCGGGCAAGCAACAGAAGACAAUAGAGUCGUCUGCAAAGGCGUACAAGUCGGCGGAAAAGAAGACGCGUGAGGCACUCAAGCAAGUAGCGCUGACCACCAACAUUGCUAAAGCGCGAAAGGCAUUCUGGUUUGAAAAGUUCUUCUGGUUCAUCAGCUCGGAGGACUACUUGGUCGUGGGAGGUCGUGAUGCGCAGCAGAAUGAGGCUAUCGUGAAGAAGUACUUGCGGCCUGGCGACGUUUACGUGCACGCGGACCUCCACGGUGCUAGCAGCAUCGUCAUCAAAAACCCAUCGGGAGCACCCGUACCACCUAAGACCUUGAACGAGGCUGGAACCAUGGCCAUCUGCUACAGUGCGGCCUGGGACGCCAAAGUUGUGACCAGUGCCUGGUGGGUGCAUCACCACCAGGUUUCUAAGACAGCACCGACAGGACAGUACCUCACUCCGGGGGCCUUCAUGAUUCGUGGCAAGAAAAACUACCUGCCCCCUUCCUAUCUCAUUAUGGGCUUUGGCUUUCUGUACAAGCUGGAUGACGAGAGCAUUGAGAGGCACCGGGGAGAGCGCAAAGUGCGUGUGGCCGAGGAUGAAACGGAGGCCAGCACGGAGCCGCCGGAAGAAGGACCAGAGUUAGAAAUGUCUGACGAGUCCGACUCCGAGAAGGGUAGCGCCAAGGGCGACGGUGAUGCGGACAGUACGAAAGCUGAUGCCGAGCUGUUCCCCGACACGGUUGUGAAGCUUCCUCACGAGCUAGAGACAGCAAUGACGGAGCAUGACGAUCAUGACGCAGCGGAAGAGAUUGUUUAUUCGCAGCCGACAAGAGGGCCGCAGGUCAGCCGCAAGCCACCACCAGCCAAGCCAAAGCCUCAGCCACCUCCGCAAGAAGUGCCGGCUGGUGCGAACGCUGAAAAGGCAAAUAAGCCUAAGAGAGGGACACACGGUAAGUUGAAGAAGAUCAAGGAAAAGUACAAGGACCAAGACGAAGACGAGCGUCGUCUACGCAUGGAGAUUCUUGCAUCAGCUGGUGUGCCUAAAGAGACGAAGAGUCGCAAGCAGAAAAAAGGCAAGAAGGAUGCUGGGCAGGUAGUCACUAGCAAAGGAAAGCAGCUACAGCCAAAAGCACAACAUAAGCCAUUGGCAAAGCCAGAGCAACCAGCUGGUACGGUAGAUACGAAUGAUGCUGACAAGCCAGCAGCAGAAAAUGCAGUUGAACAAGGAUCAAAGCAGGAAGAUGUAAAAGAGAAAGCAAGCCAGAAAGAGGGCAGCAACAAGGCUGCAGUGCCAGUAGAAGACGACGACCUGCAGGCUGAUCCAGAAGAGGACGAAGAUGAAGGCAGUGUUGGCGAUGAGCAGCAGAGGCUUCUGGCUUCACUCACAGGUUGCCCAGUGGCUGAAGAUGGUCUCUUGUUCGCUGUGCCUGUGUGUGCCCCCUAUGCGGCCAUCCAGAACUACAAGCACAAGGUGAAAGUAACGCCCGGCACUGGGCGGAGGGGAAAGGCGGCCAAGACGGCACUGUCGGUCUUCCUGCUGGACAAGAACACCAGUCCACGGGAACGGGACCUUCUGCGUGUGACCAAGGACCAAGACAUCUCUCGAAACAUACCUGGCAAAGUCAAACUCUCAGCGCCACACUUGCAGAAACGAAAGUGAGAUGCAUUGCUUCAGCUGCAGCAGUGCUUGACAGAGUUACUUGUGUACAGAGGUGAAAGUGUAAUGGAAACGUUUUCUCUUUUUGAAGCAUGAUGUUUUGAAUGAUUGUGCAUUGUUAGAGUGAUGUAUGGAGUGGAACACUAGGAUUGAACAGUGACUGAGUGUUCAGAAUAAACAUGUUAGGUUAAACCA